CGAUACUUCAGACAGACGAAUAAAUUCAUUUAAAAAAAAAUCUAACCCACCACCCCCACAUGACCAAUUCUAGUUGUUGGAGAGAGAUUAUAUAUUAAGGGGCUUCGUGUGUAUACAAGUCAAAAUAUGUGUGCAUAAGAGAAGAGUCUUCUCUAGCUAUACCUACCUUCUAUCCCCUUCUUUCCAAUUUCAAAUUCAAAAUAUUUUUUCCUAAAGAGUUGCUUGCAACCAUGGAAGCUUCACAGCCUCUUUCUAUUGAAAGCUUCUCUUAUAGUUGGUUAGUGAACUUAAAGCCAUCACUAGAAAGCCUAGAUAACUCCUUUAGAAUUCCUCUUGAUGCAUAUGAUGAAGCUUCCUUCAUUGAGAUGGAUCCAAGAAUGCCACCAUCUAAAAGAUUCUUCAUGAACUCACAUGAUUCCAAUUCCAACAUAUUUGAUUUUCCAACUUCACAAUCCCCUCUUACUACUCUUGUUCAUGCAGAUGAACUCUUCUCUAAUGGGUACCUCAUGCCAUUUUUUGUUGAGUCUUUGAAAAUGGAGGAAUAUGAAGCCUUAGACUCCAAUAUUACAAGUCUCAAUUCAUCGUCUUCGCAUGCACCGAAAUGCGUAGUUCCUCUUGUUCAUUCUAGAUGUUCUUCUUUGAAAAGAUGUAGAACAUUAUCAAGGAGAAUAUUUUAUAAGUACUUGAAUUUCUUAAGGUCUUUGUGUAGAAGAAGAUCAAGUGGUCAUAAAUCAGGUUCAAAUGUUGGUAAAAGAGGUGAGGGUUUGAUGAAUAGGAAUUACUAUAAUUCAGAAUCAUCUCCAAGAGUCAGUGUAGCUUUUUCUGCAGAUGAUUGGAGAAAGUCUUGUGAUUCUGAAAGCUCAAUACAUGAGGCAGUUCUUCAUUGCAAAAGAUCCAUAGAAAGAAUGAGUUAAGGAUGGUGAUGAAGAUGAAUGAGAUGAGAAACAUUUAAUACUAUGAUGAAAAAAAUGAUACCACUUUAUUGUUGUAACUAAGGUAUUUCACUUCUUGUGGAAACUUAUUUACUUUUUUACAAUUGGUGGCAUCAUAUGGUUCAUGAUAGUACAAGUCAAUGGAAGAAAAUAAUAUUCAAAAAAAAAGAAGAAAGGAAAGAUGAAGAAAAAACAAUGCCAUGUGAAGUGAAGAAGCAUGAGACCAAAUCAUCAUCAGCCACUCAUGUUGUCUCAAUCUUAUUUGCUUUAAGGAUGUGUGGUUGGUCGGUCAUUAUUCAAGCAAUGUAUUCAAAAAAUAAAAAAUAAAGAAGAGAUAGAGUUCAAUUUUAUAUUUUAAUAAUCUUGUUGAUAAUAGGGAGGAACACUUUGGCACUAGAUGAGAAUCUGCUUUUUUCUAUCUUAGUUUGUAUAGUUCCUUUAAUAAUUCUUUGUUGUUGAUAAAGUUUCUUUAAUAGUUUUUGAAUUAAAAGUGUAUGCUAAAAGAGU